AUGUCAAACGAUCUUUUAUGUUAUUCGAUAAUGAAUCAAACCACCAGGCCCCUGGCUCAAGUGGCUACUAUGCCACUUCCUAUGGUUGAUAAAAUACCGCGUAUGUCGUCGGUGGUACUUCCUCCUGUCAGUAACUUGACGGUGUUCGAUCUGCCUUCCAAGUUGACAGAACAAAAUUUGCAACAAAAUUUGCUAAACUUGUCGCGGGCCGCCACUUUUGCAAGCGUAAAUGCAACAGCAUCUCCAAUGCGCGCAACUAACGCCGCACUCACAGGCUCUGCAAAUUCUGGUCGUUCUGAUAGUUUUGCAUCGUCGGCAUCUUCUCCAUACUCCAAUGAACCGUCGUCGGCUCCAACAUCACCAGCAUUACCUUCAUCGCCCAAAAUGGCCAUCAUUGAUUCUACAGGACACACCAAACGCCGCCAGCGACUCGGUCCGUCGUGCGACUCGUGGCCGGCUGCGAAAAGUAAAGUGCGAUGCCGAUAUCUUGGUGCUCGCCAAAACCCCGCAAGAAAAUGA